AUGUUUUUAUUGCAGCGCGGAUGCAUUGACAAAAUACCAUCCGUGGUAUCCAAGAAUCCUAAACUAUCCGUACUAACGCAGUGUUUCGUCGCAAAUUCAUGGUCCCCCAGAAAAAAAUACAGUUGUACUGCAGUAGGCAUCAGAAUCGAUACACCGCCGCAACGUGGCGUGCUAUGUUGCUGCGCCAAAGUAUGCCCACACGAGGCUAUGAGAGGCUCACCGACCAGCUUCGAGAUGGGCUUUCAUAUUGUUGAUGGCAUUGAUUAA